AGCAGAAACCAUGAAGAAUCAUGAGCAAAAGGCCACAAGACCAGAGCCCAAAUAUAGAGGAAUUAAAGCUAUGCCCUUUGUCAUAGGAAAUGAAACUUUUGAGAAGCUUGGAACCAUUGGAACCUCAUCCAAUCUCUUGAUUUAUUUGACUUCUGUUUUCCACAUGAAGACCAUCACUGCCACCAAUAUCAUCAACAUCUUCAAUGGCACUUGCAACUUUGGUACUUUGGUUGGAGCUUUCCUUUGUGAUACUUAUUUCGGCCGCUACAACAUGCUGGGGUUUGCUUCAGUUUCUUCUUUCCUGGGCAUGUUGAUACUUACGCUAACAGCUGCAAUCCACAAUCUGCACCCCCCUGCAUGCGGCGAUGGCAGCAUAUGCGCCAGUCCAACACAAUGGCAGAUGGCAUUUUUGUUAGGCGGUUUUGCACUGCUAGUAAUAGGGGCUAGCGGCAUUAGACCAUGUAAUUUAGCCUUUGGAGCUGAUCAGUUCAAUCCCAAAACAGAGUUUGGGAGAAGAGGGAUCAAUAGUUUCUUCAACUGGUAUUAUUUGACCUACACUUUCGCCAUGAUGGUGUCACUCACAAUCAUAGUCUACGUUCAAUCCAACAUGAGCUGGUCUAUUGGAUUAGGGAUUCCAACGUUUCUCAUGUUCCUGUCUUGUGCACUCUUCUUCUUGGGCACAAGAAUUUAUGUUAUAGUUUUGCCGGAGGGAAGUCCAUUGGUCAGUGUAGCUCGAGUUGUAGUUGCUGCAAUCAGGAAAAGGAAAUUACAGCUGCCAAUGGAACCUAGGCAGUCCCUUUUUAGAAGUUUCUCUACCGCAAGUUCCAUCAAUGCAAGGCUUGCUUAUACAGAUCAGUUCAGAUUUCUCAACAAAGCUGCAAUCAUAACAUUUGAAGAUCAAAUAAACCCAGAUGGAUCAGCUGCCAAUCCAUGGAGACUUUGCGAUAUUCAGCAAGUUGAGGAAGUGAAAUGCUUGUUAAGAGUGAUCCCAGUUUGGAUUGCAGGCAUCAUCUACUUUGUUUCUGUGGUCCAACAGCAAAACUACGCUGUAUUUCAAGCCCUUCAAGCAGACAGGCGGUUUGGCAAAAGCAAGUUCAAGAUCCCUGCAGCUUCUUACAUCGUAAUCGCGAUGUUAAGCCUUACAAUCUGGAUACCAAUUUGGGAUAGAAUCGUGGUUCCAUGGCUGAGGAAACGCACAGGACAUGAAGGUGGCCUCACAAUCCUGCAAAGAAUGGGAAUUGGCAUGGCAUUGUCCAUUUUAACCAUGGUUGUAUCAGGCUUGGUUGAAAAUAAGCGACGAACGAUUGCCCUUACUAAGCCAACACUAGGGAUUGAACCACGAAAAGGUGCCAUUUCUUCAAUGUCAGGUUUUUGGCUAACUCCACAAUUGGCUUUUUCAGGGCUGACUGAGGCAUUUACGAUCGUUGGCGAAAAUGAAUUUUUCUACCAGCAAUGCCCUGAAAACAUGAGGAGUAUUGCCAUGGCAUUUGUAUUUGUUGGGAUUGCAGGAUCGAGUUAUUUAAGUAGUUUAUUAUCAUCAAUAGUCCAAAGCAUAUCAAGUAGAAGCAAUGGAGAAAGCUGGUUAGCAGAAGAUCUCAAUAUGGGAAAGUUGGAUUACUUCUAUUACUUUAUAGCUGUGCUGGAGCUCCUGAAUUUGAUCUACUUUCUGGUCUGCGCCAAGUAUUACAAAUACAAAGAAACAGACACCACCCCUGAGGUGGCCAUGGAGAAAGGAGUGCAAUCUGAAGAAAAGGCUGUUGUUUGAGAAAUUAAAGAACUUGAGCAGGCAGAUGAUAAAGUAUUUGCACCUCCAACCUGGAUCAGUAAUGGGGAAAUGGGAAAGGAAUUUUACAUUUGCCACAACAUUUUUUUAGUACUGGUCUUUCUGGAAUGCAAUUUUUAGGCAACUAGUCGGAGCCAUUUUUUCUGGCUCCAAUGUCAUUUGAGCUGUGUUUUACUUUCAACAGCCUGAAAUAAAGAAGAAUGUGUUGCAGUAAUUCAUUAUUCCAAUAAGCCUUGUUAAAUACCCGCAUCGAUUGGCCCUUCCAUGUCUCUAUACUUGAGAAGCAAUGUCUGUGAAAUCUGAAUUACAGGGCGAAUAAGGUAAGGCUUGCUCGCAUGUAAAGUUGAUUGAAUGAUUUUCUCUACUGCAAAAAUGUUCUUUGAG